AUGGAGCAUGGUGGCGCGAGCUCCGGCUCCAUUCGCAAGCUUGAGGAGAAGAUUGAAAAACUUGAGCAGAAGUUGAAGAUUUACCGCCGCAAGAAUAAGUUGGAAAAGGUGGUGGUGGCAAUGCGACAAAUUGAGUUGCUUCGAUGCGCCCUCAUGGGGAAAGAGGUUGACCCCAACACGACGUCGACAUUGGGAGAGGCUGCUGGAGCUGCUGGUGGUGGUAUUGUUGGUCCAAAUGAGCUUUCAGAGAGUGAGGAUGAAAAGAUGCCAGUGAAGCCAAAGGCACGUCAGCUACAACAUCCGGAACUGCUUUCUUUACUGCUCUGCGACGGCGUGGCGUUGCCGGAGAUGAAUGCGUGUGAAUCAACUAUUAUAGUACUUACUCUCACAUGUACACGGACGACGGAAUGUAUACCGCCUGCACAGAGUGGCACCAUCACAUUUUUGUUGUGCGAAACAAAAGACAAGGAGGCCAAUCGCGUCAUUCCUGUUGACAUUACACUUGUACCUAUGGAGGGUGAAGAGGAUGGGGAAGCCACCGCCGCAUCUACGAGACCCACUGCAGGGUCAAAAUUAUUCUCUGCCCCAUCAACUCUGACAAUAGAUGGACUUGCUGCAGGGAAUUCACCACCGCAGUCUGUAAAUGACACAUCUUUCUUAGCACCUGGUGCGGAGUUAGCAAAUGCAUUGUCUCCCUUAAAGAUGCCCAUCAAAUUAGCAACUCCCGUACCAACACCAUCUUUCUUCAUUGAACCCGGUGAGGGUGUAGUGGCUACCAGUUUUAUGCGCUGCCCAAUGGCAAUUGUUACCCACGCUAUUGCAUAUGAAGCCUGUAAGUUUACCAUGUUGUUACGUGCGACCGAUGAGACAGCUUUUGUUGUACUGGACCCUGUCCGUUGCUGUGGCAAUAUUAUCAACAGCAAUUUGACCAACAAUGGAACCAGCACUGUGAGUGGUGGGAAUGCUGGGAAUAGUAAUAAUAAUACUAGUAGUACUCAUGUGAAUAAUGCCCCUGCUGCUGCUGCAGGAGGAGGAGGAGGAAUGGUUUCUUCCACUGCCGUGGUGCCUAUAAAGACGUUGGAUGCUCAUUUCAAGUUUGUUCCACGCAAUGGCGUGGUUCGUGCGUCCGAGUCCUUUAGUAUUACAGUGGAAUGUACCCCAAUGAGUGUUGUCCCUCAGCGUUACUUCAUACCCGUCAAGAAAUUGCAACACCCCUCGGAUAUCACAUAUUUUGCACUGGAGAUGAAUCCCAUGGUGGAUGAGGAUCUCCUGCAAGUGUCACCCAGAAAGAUUUUACUACGGGAUAU